CUCCGAGUGCCAAAACUAAGUUAGCUGACAGAACGCACGCAGCUCGCAGCGCCUCCGCCGGUGCACCGACUCUGCAGACACCAAGUGGGAUCGGCGUGGAGGGGCCGGCGUGCAGGGUCCCCGCUGGUCUCCACGCACUCCUGCUGCGGGAGAAGGACUCUGCCCGAAGUUCCUGAAGAGAAAGGGUGGUUAGCGGUGGAGGGAGAUCAGCGAAAGGAUUUUUUUUUUUUCUCACUUCGCCGCCUAGUGAGUGUCGGGAAGAUUGGCAAACGCCCCGGAGAGGACUGGGAGAAACAGCCCUGGAAAAGUGGAAGAAAGUAAUCAGGAAGUCGGCCCUUUCCGGGCUGGGCUUUAUCUGCCCGGGGAAGAGCCAGACGCGGCGGUUCAGCUUGCCAGGGCUUCCCAGGUGAGGGAACCGCGGACGCCCUGCUGACCUCACCGCCGUCCGCGCGCGCGUCCUGCACAGCUCUGCACCUCAACGUCCAGCGCGCUCUGGCCACGAAAAGUUCCUGCCCGAGGUGAUUCUCAAUGCCUUACUACAUUUUUAUUUUUCUCCCGAGAACUUCUGGGUGGAGACAUUAACUUUUUUGUGUGGAAUCUGCUCAGGGAAGCGAGGAGGGAAAAGAAAAAGUGAAAUUUAAUGGAGAGAAGCGACUCCUUGUUUUCCCCACGUCCCAUCCGCUAAGCCAUCACUUUCCGAAGAUGAAACUUGUUGGUUGUGGUGACAGCUAACAGGAACGCAGGCUUUCGUGGAGACGCUCCCCGCCCGUUCUACCUACCCCUUACGCGUGCAUGUGCGCGCUGGCGGCGGCGAGGGGUGCGUGGUUCUCCGCGUGGAGUCUCAGUUGGGACAGGAGUGAAUGGCCCCCUCGGUCUGCGCGGGGCCUCCGCCUCCACCGUCUCUGCAGGCCUGGAUCUGGCCGGGAAAAAUGCUAGCCAUGGGGGCGCUGGCAGGCCUCUGGGUCCUCAGCCUCCUUACCUACGGUUACCUGUCCUGGGGCCAGGGCUUGGAGGAAGAGGAGGAAGGGGCCUUGCGAGCUCAAGCUGGAGAGAGACCUGAGCCCAGCACAACUGCCACCUCCCAACCCCAUCUCAUUUUCAUUUUAGCGGAUGAUCAGGGAUUUAGAGAUGUGGGUUAUCACGGAUCGGAAAUAAAGACUCCCACUCUUGACAGGCUCGCUGCCGAAGGAGUUAAACUGGAGAACUACUAUGUCCAGCCUAUUUGCACACCGUCCCGGAGUCAGUUUAUUACUGGAAAGUAUCAGAUACACACCGGACUUCAACAUUCUAUCAUAAGACCUACCCAACCUAAUUGCUUACCUCUGGACAAUGCAACCCUACCUCAGAAGCUGAAGGAAGUUGGAUAUUCAACUCAUAUGGUUGGGAAGUGGCACUUGGGUUUCUACAGAAAAGAAUGCAUGCCCACCAAGAGAGGAUUUGACACCUUUUUUGGUUCCCUGUUGGGAAGUGGUGACUACUAUACGCACUACAAAUGUGACAGUCCUGGGAUGUGUGGCUAUGACUUGUAUGAAAAUGACAGUGCUGCCUGGGACUCUGACAGUGGCAUAUACUCCACACAGAUGUACACUCAGAGAGUGCAGCAAAUCUUAGCUUCCCAUGACCCCAGGAAGCCUUUAUUUCUAUAUAUUGCCUACCAAGCUGUCCACUCCCCACUGCAGGCCCCUGGCAGGUAUUUUGAAAACUACAGAUCCAUUAUCAACAUAAACAGGCGGAGGUAUGCUGCCAUGCUUUCCUGCUUAGACGAAGCCAUUGACAAUGUGACCCUGGCUCUAAAGACAUACGGUUUCUAUAACAACAGCAUUAUCAUAUACUCUUCUGAUAAUGGCGGCCAACCCACUGCAGGGGGAAGUAACUGGCCUCUCAGAGGUAGCAAAGGAACAUACUGGGAAGGGGGGAUCCGGGCCGUGGGCUUUGUGCAUAGCCCACUUCUGAAAAACAAGGGGACGGUGUGCAAGGAGCUUGUGCACAUCACGGACUGGUACCCAACUCUGAUUUCCCUGGCUGAAGGGCAGAUUGAUGAGGACCUUCACCUGGAUGGUUAUGACAUCUGGGAGACCAUAAGUGAAGGCCUUCGUUCGCCCCGUGUGGAUAUUUUGCACAACAUUGACCCCAUUUAUACCAAGGCGAAAAACGGCUCGUGGGCAGCAGGCUACGGGAUCUGGAACACGGCCAUCCAGUCGGCCAUCAGGGUGCAGCACUGGAAGUUGCUCACUGGAAACCCCGGCUACAGUGACUGGGUUCCUCCUCAGGCCUUCAGCAACCUGGGGCCCAACCGGUGGCACAACGAGCGGAUUACCUUGUCGACUGGCAAAAGCGUGUGGCUGUUCAACAUCACCGCCGACCCGUACGAGAGAGUGGACCUAUCCACCAGGUACCCCGGCAUCGUGAAGCGGCUCCUGCGGAGGCUGUCGCAGUUCAACAAAACCGCCGUGCCCGUCAGGUACCCGCCCAAGGACCCCAGAAGUAACCCUCGGCUCAAUGGGGGUGUCUGGGGGCCAUGGUAUAAGGAGGAAAUCAGGAAAAAGAAGCCAAGCAAAAUUAAGGCUGAGAAGAAAAAGAAGAAAAGUAAGGGGAAGAAGAAACAGCAGAAAGCAGGUUCCUUUCCGAAGUGUGGUUCAGCUCUUACUCGUGGAUGAGGACAAUUGUUUUCCCAUCUGGUUAAGCUUAAACCAGCUCUGUCUUUCACCUGUUUUCUGGGUAGGCCAUCAAGUCUGGCUCUGUACUGUCACUGCCAUAAGCAUCAGACUAGUUUUCACGUUGUGCCCCUCCUGAGACUCGUGCCCGCUGCGGCAGCGAGGAGAGCUGCUCCGCUCGGGGCCACAGGUGCUCUUCUGUGAGGCACCCCCUGCGCGGAGGAUGGAGACGUGCUUCUUUUGCUCCUCGAUUAACCGUGGUUAGUAACGAGUUCAGCUGUUGUGUUUCGGUCAAGUGUCCGAACACUAUGCUUUAAAUUAUAGCAGGGAACUAUAACCUGCAAUCGAUGGACAUGCUAAUUACAUGCAUAGCAUGAUUAUAAACUCCCUUUGAUGAAGGAUAGUCAAAGGUCACGUCACCUCAAAGGCCUUGAAAAAUAUUUUUUUCUCAGUGAAUUUUUGUAUCUCUAUCAUAUGACACUUGGGUUUUUAAAUUAAUUCUAUUUCACGUAUCAUUUCCUUUCCUGUGAAAAUAAGCUGUUUUUCUCACAUGUGAACAGCUUGCACCUCAUUUUAUCGUGCUUGAGGGAAUGGCUAAUAAGAAUGUUUGAGCACAUUGCCAAAACAUGAAUGUAACUAUUUUCUAAACACUUUAAUAGAAUGACAUUUCACAAUAAUGUAAUUUAUUUUUACAUAAAAAAUAUUAUUUUGUUUUCUUAAAAGUUAUACAAAUGACUUUUAAUUAUUUUAUUUUUAUUUCCUAUAUACCAUUAGAAUUGUAUUUCAUAUCUUCAAGGUUAUCAAGCACUGUAAUACUAUAAAUUACUGUAAUACUAUGUGAAUUCAUAGAAUGUAAAAAGAAAAUUAUUCAGAAAAAAAUGAUAAUCAACCUUGUUCAGCCAUUAUUUUGAAUGUAAUAAGAUGAAUAUAUUUCUUAUAAAUUACUUGGAAAUUCAGUGUUUGUACAGGGUUGAGAGACAACUUUAUUGUUUCUAUUACACUUUAUUUAUGUAUCUUAAUUAUUAAAAUGACUUAUUUUAUGGCACUUUCAAA